UUGGGUCGGAGAGGGGAGCCAGGCCUCUGUAGACCGAAUCUAUUCUUAGCUUCCGGAGUGGACGACGGGGGGCAACAGGAACAGCCUGGUGUGUCUCAGAGUUUGAUACGUUACGGACCUACUUUAUCGCAAAGCCGCACUGUCACCGACCCACACACUCAGUUUCUGUGAGGAAGUACGUCGACCGUUAAUAACAGUCAGGUCUUUUUUCAAGAGGAAAUCCUCUCCAACCAUGGAGGGGCUGUUCUUCGAGGUGAAGCCCAGGGACAAGGCCCUCAGCCUGAGGAGUUCCAAAGACCCUCUCCCCAGCAGCCAUGGCUCUUACCAGAUCCCUCCCUCCCUCCCUGACUACCAUCUCAGGGGUGGUGGUGGUGCUGUGACUGAGGCAGAGGAGGAGGACCAGGAAGAGGAGGAAGUCCAGUAUAAACUGACCUUAGUUGGGUCUCUACCCGUCCAUCCUCUUACCACUAUGUCCAUGCUGCCCUGGGUGGUAGCUGAGAUUGUGAGGCCUCCGGCUGGAGGGGGUAGGCCUGAGGCUCCUGGUUUUGGGUACACACACCUCCGAAGCAGGAAUCUGGACCAUGUUCCUUCUACCACUGAAGGACACAAUCAGUCUGUGUGUCUGUGUGUAUCAGCAUCGAGGGUGCAGUGUGUGUGUGUGAUGGUGGAGGCGGGGCUCCGGGAGGCAUGGGACCCCCUCACACACACCGUGCUGUUUGAGUGUCGCCCCCACCACCUGACCAAGCUGCUACACAACAGCCAGCAGCCCAGCAGCUUCGGCUGCAUGCUGAAGGACACAAACACCUGCACCUGCUACGUCUUCCAGAGCUGCGAUUGCACCAAGGUUCCUGAGAUCAUCAGUACGCUACGGCAGGCUGGUAAGAGCUCGGCGCGCAAUGAUGACAUCACAGACGCAACCAACCGCCCUUCUGAUGCUUCCAAGGGUAGCACUUCUGAAACAUGCACCUCAUCGUCCUUGGUUUCCACGGGGACCUCCGUGCCGACAAACGCAGUCGCUACAGCAACCACUUUCGCCAAGAGGUUUGAGGUCCUGUUCUGCGGCCGCGUGAGCGUCGCUCACAAGAAGGCCCCGCCCGCUCUGAUCGAUGAGUGCAUCGAAAAGUUUGGCCAGUCACGGGCAAGCGGGGCCGGGCCUAAAGGAGGUGGAGGAUUGGUCGGGGGAUUGCGCAGGGCUCUGGCGUUCCAAAAUGGGACUGUUGGUGGAAUCACAGGACUGGGUAACGAAGGAACAGAUAGCCCCCCCGGUGGUCGGAGGCCGGUGCUGUUCAAACGAGACCCCAGCUUCCCCUGUCUGCAGGCCUUGGACGAGAACGGCCUGUCACCAGAAAUCCACUCCUCUUCCUCCUCAUCUGACUCACACACACAAGCUGUCGGGGUGCAGCCAACCAGCCUGCAGGAGAACAGGACCAUGCUGUUCAUGGUGGGUAGGUGUCAGAUCUUCCUGGUCAGUCCAGACACCAAGAAGGUCUCCAUAGAGAAGAGCUUCAGAGAGAUAUCAUUCUGCUCACAGGGUAUCCGUCAUGUAGAUCACUUUGGCUUCAUCUGCAGGGAGACUGUGGAGGGAGGCAGCUGUCACUUUGUCUGCUACGUCUUCCAGUGCACUGAUGAGGCCCUGGUGGAUGAGAUCAUGCUGACGUUGAAGCAGGCGUUCUCUGUGGCCUCCCUGCAGCAGACUGUGAGGACCCAGAGCCUGCAGUGUGAGGCCUGCCCCAUUCAUGUGCUCCACAGGCUGUGUGAGAGGAUUGAAGGUCUGCACCCAUCUAAAGCCAAACUGGAGCUACAGCAACAUUUGGCUAUCCUGGAGAACCAGGAGCAAGCCUCCGUGUUUGAGAACACCAUGAGGGCUCGUCCUAAGAGCGACCAGGAGGAGAACGAGCUGGUCGUGUCCAGUCUGAGGGCCCUUUAUGAGGAGAAACAGAAGACUCACCAACACAGAGAGUCUGGGAGCAGCAACAAGGUAUGUGAGGAGCCUGCCCUAGCAGUGGAGUCUCAGCAGAGCAACAGCCGUCAGCGUCUGGAGCAGUUUAAGAGCAGAGCCAAGCGCUCUCUCACCGAGUCCCUGGAGGGCAUCUGGAAGGGCAGCAGCAGGUCAAAGAGUGUGAGAGAGAACAGUGAGGAAGACAGCUGCUCCUCCUCAUCCACCAUCACCAGCAGCAGUCAUGAGGACCCACUGCCCCCCAGCUCCCCCCUCAGGUCUCACAACUCCACUGGAGACCUGAAGCUUUUGGACCCCGCUCUCUCCAUCUCCUCCUCAUCCCUCUCUCUGCUCUGCGACUCUCAUGGCCAGGGCUUUCGUCGCCGUGCCAACACCUUCAGCCACCCACCCAGCCCGUCCUCGACGGAUUGUUCCCCGGCACACACACACACCCACACGACCCAGGACACGCCCUCAGCCGCCACCAAGCCCAAGCUGGUCCGCCACUACUCUGUUAGCACCGACACACCACAUCAGAGCAAACACAUUUCAGAACCUCCUUUUCCUACAGCUCUCCACCUGUCCUCCCCCCACUCUCCUCUCCUCUCUCACUGCCCCUCAUCGCCCUCCUCUGGGGGACGUCUGAACAUAAGGAGUCCUCUGGGGGGGCUGCGAGCUCGUCUCCGCUCCUCCUCCUCUGUCCCUAACUUCCUCAAGCUGCUGGCACCUGUCCAUGAAAAUGAUCCAUUUAACAUGAGGACCAGUGACGUGGCAGCCCUGUCGGUGCCUGGGGUGUGUGUGGAGGGAGACAGCCCCCUGCGCACUCACAGACACUCCUGGAGACAGCAGAUCUUCCUACGAGUCGCCACGCCUCAGAAGAACCCUGACACAUCUGACAGGGGAGACUGUUGUCUGGAGGCGGGGCGUGGCACCCUGGGGGGCGGCGGCGGCGGGGGGGACGGCGUGUUGGGCGUGGUCCCAGAGGAGCAGAAGAGGCGGGGCGGGGCGGAGCUCCGGGAGCUGUGGAGGAAAGCCAUCCUGCAGCAGAUACUGCUACUGAGGAUGGAGAGAGAGAACCAGAAACUACAGGCCUCUGAGAGUGACCUGCAGAACAAGCGCCUGAAGCUGGACUAUGAGGAGAUCACGCCCUGUCUGAAAGAGGUCACCCUGGUCUGGGAGAGCAUGCUGGGAAAGCCAGCAAGGUCUAAGGUCAAGUUCCCUACGGAGACCAUCUACUCUGCUGUCACACAGGGUAGGCAGCAUCGGGGGGAGGUCUGGAAGUUUCUGUCGGAGCAGUACCCUCCUCAGACAGGCCGUCCCCUCACGGCCCCAGCCAAUCACACGCCUUACAAAGAGCUCCAACAGCUCACUUCACAGCAGCACGCCAUCCUCAUAGACUUGGGUCGGACGUUUCCCACACAUCCCUAUUUCCAGGCUCAGCUGGGGGCGGGGCAGCUGUCUCUCUACAACCUCCUGAAGGCCUACUCCCUCCUGGACCCGAGUAUAACAGACGUCCCCCGUCCCCCCCAGGUGGGCUACUGCCAGGGCCUGUCCUUCGUGGCGGGGGUCCUCCUGCUCCACAUGGAGGAGGAGGAUGCCUUCUACAUGCUCAAGUUCCUCAUGUACGACAUGGGGCUCCGCAAGCAGUACCGGCCCGACAUGAUCAUACUACAGAUCCAGAUGUACCAGUUGUCCAGGCUGCUGCAUGACUACCACAGGGACCUGUACCUGCACCUGGAGCAGCAGGAGAUCGGGCCCAGCCUCUACGCUGCCCCCUGGUUCCUCACCACCUUUGCCUCACACUUUCCCCUCGGCUUUGUGGCCCGAGUCUUUGACAUGUUGUUUCUCCAGGGUUCCGAGGUCAUUUUCAAGGUGGCGCUGAGUCUCCUGGGGAGUCACAAGCCCUUGAUCCUGCAGCACGACAGUCUGGAGACCAUCGUGGACUUCAUCAAGACCACCCUGCCCAACCUGGGCCUGGUGCAGAUGGAGAAGACCAUCAACCAGGUGUGUGAGAUGGACCUGUCCAAGCAGCUGCAGGCGUACGAGGUGGAGUACCAUGUCCUUCAAGACGAGCUGAUGGACCCGCCCCCCACGCUCAACCAAUCACAGCGGGCCGCUCAGCUGGAAAGGACCAAUCAGAGCCUUCGGCAGCAAAACUUGGAUCUGCUCGAGGAACUACAGGUGUCCCAGGCUCGCGUGGGGGGUCUGGAGGCCCGUGUGCAGGUGCUGUCCCAGUCUGAGGGGCUCCUGAGGGCCCAGCUGGGUGUCCUGGAGGAGGACAAGAGCCGGCUGCAGGACACUGUCGCUCAGCUCCACGCCCUGCUCACCCGCCUGGGCGUACGCGCACACGCAGACGCACACGCCGGCGUGGACGUCCCUGCCGACAGGCUCCGUGCGGAUCUGGGGCUCCCUGAUGGAGAUGGAGGGGCGCUGGGGCCGGUGGGCGCGGCCCUUCCCCACCCCCUGGCCCUCCCUGAGAGACUCUAGCCCCCACAGAACUUGCCAGAGGGACAACUAAAGGAGGAGGAGAGGACGUGUCCGCCAACACUCCCUUUAUACUUUCUAGGAGUUGACGAAAGACGAGAGAAGGAUGGAAGAGACUACAGCACUGAGUUCCCCACUUUCCUCAGUGAGAGGCCACCGCCGGUGACUUCUUAGUUGGUUUGUGAACUUUGACCCCAAAGACCCCUGCCCUUACUCUACUUUAGAUAUAAACAAACGUGUGAGUUAUCUGACCAACUGGCCCCAAAGAAGUACUGUCCGUUGUGAGCAGAGCCCACAGCCACACCAAUGCACAGUUCUGUUUGACUGUUGACGUGUAUUACAGAGGACUAUCCAUAUAAGUGCCUGUGUUCUCUGUAUGCAGUUAGACUGUAACCUCGGAAAAGACCAAAGAGAAUCACUGAGUGAUGUAGGGCUUCAUCAAAGAUGUGUGGAGAUGGAGUCAUCACCAUCACCAGGACCUACCAAUGGUGAAGAGGAGACUUGCAUUACUGCCAAAGAGAAGCAGUGAGAGAUAGAGAGAAAGUUGUGGAGAAAUGGUAAGAUGUAAAACAGUAAGAUGAGUAAGAGGAAAGAGUUUGUCAGUGUGGAUAUCAGGGGAGGGUGAUUAUGAAGAGCAUUCUAAAGCUGGAUGUGUAAGGAUGGUUACUGCUGCACACACUGAGGCUGUGUAAGGAUUGUUACUGCUGCACACACUGAGGCUGUGUAAGGAUGGUUACUGCUGCACACACUGAGGCUGUGUAAGGAUGGUUACUGCUGCACACACUGAGGCUGUGUAAGGAUUGUUACUGCUGCACACACUGAGGCUGUAUUUACAGGGAGAGGGAAGACAACCCAGUUCAUUGAAAAUGGACAUUUCCAAUUAUUCCUUCUUCUCUUCCUCUUUUUUCUAUAAAUCCACCUGAUGCCUGAUUGGCAUCUGCCUCUCCUCUAGACACAGAAACAAUCACACUGUCUGUGCACACUUUACUGCCUUGUGUGUGUGUGUGUGUGUGUGUGUGUGCGCGCGCGUGCGCGCGCGUGCGUGUUGUCCCCAGUGUGCUGUAAUGUAUAAUGCAUGUGGUUAACAUGAUAUACCUGCAAAACAGAACCCUCUUGAUUGACACUGUAAAGAGUUAGACUUUAGACGUACAUUGCACAUUGUUUUAAUGAUAACUAUUUACUGUAUACUCUGAAAUACAUUACAAAACCUAAAACAUG